UGUUCCUACACAGUUACUGGCUUCUGCACUUCGAGGCAGCUCCCUUCGAGGGUACCGCCCAAGUACAGCUCUGGGCCUGGGUACCAAUUGCUCCCCAUGCCUCAGAGCUCGUUCUAGAGUUCAAGAACCAUCAAAACGACUCACAAAGAACCCUUCUGGAUGCUUUCCCCAUUGUCUUUUCAUCUCAUCCGUCAGAAGGAGGAUCAUUAUUGGAGAUCUACUGUUUACUAAUGUAUUUGAUGGAGGUGGUACCUAUCCUCCUUGUAGAGAAGUCCGUGUCCACUAAUAUCGCUGAAGCUGUCCUGUGGAAAUGUUCCAGUACCCAAGACAAGCGAGAUGUAGUGCUGCUGUUUGCAUCCUUGCCCCAUGUCCAACCACCUCUGUUUCACCUGCCUUACGUGGAGGAGCCCUUUAUCCCUAAUGUGGAACAGCUGUUCUUAAACCAGACUCACCAGGAGGUGGAUCUCAGCCAGGCUCAUCUCCCCACAGAGAAGCUUUGUCAUCUGCAGGAUCGAAAGGUGAACCUUCACAGAGCUUCGUGGGGCCGGUGUAUCGUGGCACCCAAGAGUUUCAGCUUCCCUUACUGUCAAGGGAUCUGCCUGGCCCUGAACAGUGAGCUCCUUCACUCCAAUUUCGAAUACUACAAGAGGGAAGCACCCACCUGCUCCAGGCUCUUUCAGGUCUGUGGUCCUACCAAGGUCCGUCCUCUCUCCUUGAUGGUCCAGGAUGAUGCGCACAAGAUGAGCGUGCACUACGCGAACAUUUCCCUAGUAGAAAAAUGUGGCUGCUCCUGAGAUACCGUGGAGCCUUUUGUGGGUCUGAUCUUCACUUAAGUCUUAGUCGUUUAUUAAGGGUAUAGUCUCCAGAUUUCUUUGGGGGGUGAGUGAGGGGGUUUGGUUCCUAUUUUCCAAAGCACAGUAAAGAUGGAGUUGCAGGACUGACCUCUCCAUGGAUACUUCUCUUUAGGGGCAGACGCCUUUGUACUACUAUUCUCAGACAUUGGUACCACUGAGGGGCUGGGCCCAUUGGGUAUUCAGUUGCCUGUCACGAACUGUCUAGGGAGGCCAGGUUUAACGGCCAUCUUUGAGGAUACUUAGACAGGGGAAGAAGAGCUUGAAUGAAUGUAUUUACCCUCUGUUGGGCUAAAACUCUACUGUUUAAAUGGGGCUCUGUUUUGGAUCCUUCCAGGCUGUUCUGCUAUUGUCUGAGCCAUAGGUUUGGGGCUGAAUGGAAGCUGAUCUGGCCUUUGAAUGACAGUUCCCUUUUGCCUGGCAUUCCUGGCCUCUGGAGUGAGUGGAAACUCUGUAGAGGGGUAUGAUGUCACAGGCUAGCCAAGAGUGGAGGACAUCAAGACCCUUGACUGCCUUCAGGCUAGUGGGGGAAGGUCCUUUGUCUCACGGGAGGGUUAGAUCUCACUGUUUUAAGGGAUUUUCCUGCCUAAUAACUUUA